AAAACCCAUGACUUAUUUUAAAACAGAUGCAGAAAAGCAAAAAAAAGAGACGGAGAGAAUGGAGGAAGCUGUCAAGCAGCAGACAGACCCCACCCCGAGUACAUCCUUGCCUUUGCCAUCCACAGUUCCUUCUGAAGAAGAGACAAAAGAGACAAAGUCUAAUACACAGGAGAUGUUGCCAAGAUCUGGCUUGCUGUCACAUCCUAGCCCUGUUCAAUAUUCAGUGCCGUUGGAAAAAGAAGAUACGAAGCUGUUUAAGAAGGUCACUCAUUCUUCCUCAGAUCAGCCAUCGUGGAUGGAACUUGCCAAAAAGAAAUCUCAAGCUUGGAAUGACAUGCCCCAGAUGAUAAAAUAGCGCAAGCAUUUUAUACUGGUAGUAGUUGCUACUUGGGAUAAUUUAACACACUGUUUAAUUAAAUUGAUGAAAACCAGUUAAUCACAAUGAAGUCUACAGAGCAUCAAAGAGGCUUUAAAACAAGAACAUGGAAGAAGAGUUGUUGACCACAUGUUUAUAUGCUUAACCCACUUGAAAGCUAUUGUAAAG